AUGACACGAGAUUACACCUUCAAGGCUCCAAAGUUUGAUGGCACAAAUAUUGCUUAUUGGAGAGAAAGGAUGAAAUAUCAUUUGGCAACUAUGCUGGUUGAAAUUUGGGAAAGCAUUAAGAAGGGUUAUAAUGCUCCACAAAAUGGUCCUACAACUAUAGAUGAAAUCAAAACAUAUGAGAGUGAUGCAAAGGAUACAAUUGCAAUUGUCACUUGCUUGAAUGAUGCAAUAUUUAGCAAAGUUAUAGAAGUGAAGUUAGCUAAAGAAAUUUGGGAGAAGUUGAAGAGUCUAUGUGAAGGUGAUGAAAAGACAAAGCAAGCCAAGCUUAUAAAUCUAAAGCACAAGUUUGGGAAUGUGAGAAUGUGUGAAGAUAAAAACACUGAAGGUUAUAUUCAUCAAGUGAAUGAAAUUGUAAAUUCUCUUAGAGGUGUUGGUGGAAUGGUAGAAGAAAGUAAAUUUGUAAGGAAGAUAAUGGAAACAUUUCCCAAAAGCUAUAAACCUAAGAAGUAUGUCAUUGAGGAAAGUCAUGACAUGAAUAAGUACAUCAUGGAUUAUCUCCUUCGUUCACUCACCGCCUUUGAGGUUGUUGAAUUGGAUGACAUCAAAAAGGAAAGGAGGGAAACUACGUUCAAAGGUACAAAGAAGCUUGAAUAA